GUUGCCUUACCGAGUAAGCUAGAAAUCAUUAAGAAAAUUAUAAAAACCUUAUUUAUUUGUCUGAAGAGACUCAUUCAAAGAAGUGCCAUGGCGCAGUAUAAAGGAGCAGCCAGUGAGGCUGGUAGGGCCAUGCAGCUUAUGAAAAAACGAGAGAAAGAACGAGAACAACUGGAGCAGCUAAAACAAAAAAUAGCGGAGGACAACAUGGUGAAGUCAAACAUAGAUAAGAAGUUCUCUGCCCAUUACGAUGCUGUCGAACAGGAGCUGAAGUCGAGUACUGUGGGUUUGGUGACCCUGAAUGACAUGAAGGCAAAGCAGGAGGCCCUGGUCAAAGAGAGGGAGAAACAGCUGGCGAAGAAGGAACAGUCUAAGGAACUGCAGCUGAAACUGGAGAAACAGAAGGAAAAGAAGAGAAAGGAAGAACAGAAAAGAAAAAUUGCCAGUUUAUCCUUCAAUCCAGAUGAGGGAGAAGAUGACGAUGAGAAUGAGAACGAGGAAGAGGAGGAGGAAGUUGUCCCAAGGAAGAAAAAACUUGGGAAGAAUCCUGAUGUUGACACCAGCUUUUUGCCAGACAGAGACAGAGAGGAGGAGGAGAACCGCCUCAGAGAAGAACUCAGGCAGGAGUGGGAGCGUAAACAGGAAAAGAUUAAGAGUGAGGAGAUUGAGGUGACGUUUAGUUACUGGGAUGGCUCUGGGCACAGGAAGACUGUCAAGAUGAAGAAAGGAAACACCAUCCAGCAGUUCCUACAGCGAGCACUGGAGGUGCUGAGAAAAGAUUUCAGUGAGUUGAGGUCUGCUGGUGUGGAGCAGCUCAUGUAUAUCAAAGAGGAUCUGAUCAUUCCACACCAUCACAGUUUUUAUGACUUCAUUGUGACAAAGGCCAGAGGCAAGAGUGGACCGCUGUUCAGCUUCGACGUCCAUGAUGAUAUUCGGUUGGUCAAUGAUGCCACAGUGGAAAAGGAUGAAUCUCACGCAGGUAAAGUGGUUCUGAGAAGCUGGUAUGAGAAAAACAAGCACAUUUUCCCGGCUAGUCGCUGGGAGCCAUAUGACCCCGAGAAAAAAUGGGACAAAUACACUAUCCGGUGAGAUGGUCCAGGAUGUCCAGGAAUGCUGUUGCUUUCAAUGAAACUGUUUUUUGUUGUCUGUCUGUUUUUGUUUCCAUCGGCCUUUUUCUCUCCAUGUGAAAUAUAGUAUGUUGUCCUUUUCAGCUGGGAUUGUUUUAGAGUUCAAAAGGGUUUCCACUCUUAUUGAGUGCAGUGCUCUUGCAGUUUGGAUGAACGUGUCAGCACUUUUACAUAACAUCUACUUCAUUUAAACAGAGGAAGGCAAGAAAUGUUGUUCAUGAUGAGUUACCUUAAAAUUCUGUACAAUGCUCUUAAAUACCUUAAAAUGGUAUCAGUUAUUUUUGAGAUCACCUCAGUAAUACCGAGGCCUUCAUUUCAUGAAGGAUGUCUAGUAGGGAGCGGUCAGAUUUUCUCCAGAGUGGACCAAUUGUAAAACUACAACCGAGUUUUGUAACAUAUAAAUAAGAUUAGUCGGUAGAGAUAUUUUGCCUUUUAAGUCCCAGUUUGG